AUGUUGAACAAACUGGUGCUGUCACUGACUUUCGGUCUAUUCGCACCGGUAUUUGGGACUCAUGAAUGCGUCGAGCUGAGGGGGCAAGUCUCCUGCGAGAACGAUCCCACCCUGCAUAAUCACGUUCAGGUGGCCGUUAUGGACUCGGAUGCCUUGUGGGGAAUCGAGGGGCUGAACGACGAUGAUGUGAUGGGAGUCUCCUACACCAACGAGAAAGGCGAGUUUGAAAUCUACGGCUGUGCGGAGGACCCGGACUUUGUGCUCUUUACUAACCGACCGGAUCCGUAUUUGCGGAUUCACCAUUUCUGCAACACGCGGCUAGGAGAAGUCGUGACUGAGCCGCUGCAUCCGGUCUUCAUGCCCGGCGCACAGAGGUUCCAUCGCCCAAUUCGCCUGGAGGCCCACGAGAUCCGCACCAGUGGCAGAUUCAGCCGCGCUCUGCGGCAUCGAAAACAUAAGCACGUCGAA